CAUUUAAACUCUGAAAUGAUCCAACAUUUCCAUGUUUCUCUCCAGGCUCUGCAGCAGAAGAACGUGGAAUGUGCCAGAGUCUACGCCGAGAACGCCAUCCGGAAAAAGAACGAGGGUCUGAACUGGCUGCGGAUGGCGUCCCGGGUGGAUGCAGUGGCGUCUAAGGUCCAGACGGCGGUCACCAUGAAGGGGGUGGCCAAAAACAUGAGCCAGGUGACCAAAGCCCUGGACAAAGCUCUGAACAGCAUGGACCUCCAGAAGGUCUCUGCUGUCAUGGACAAGUUUGAAACCCAAGUUCAGAACCUGGAUGUUCACACCUCCGUCAUGGAGGACUCCAUGAGCUCCGCCAUGACGCUCACCACGCCUCAGGAGCAGGUGGACGACCUCAUCCACCAAAUAGCAGAGGAGGGCGGCCUGGAGGUGAUGGACCAGCUCAACCAGCUGCCUGCAGGCGCCACCUCGCUGGGGGGGGAGAGCACGCGGAGCCAGGACAAGGAGGACCAGCUGUCCCGACGGUGAGUUCAGGUUCCCCUC